GCGCGGAGCAGGGGGCAGAUGUGUGGGGCAUUUGGAGGCGAGCGCGUGUGUUUAGGCAGGUGUGAUGGCGGUGACGCAGCUCGUCCGGCGGCUUACCUGCCGGCCGACGGUCCGCGAGCUCCGGAGAUACAGCAAGGCCUCUGCGGCUUCGACUGACCGACUGCGACUCUUUGAGUGUCUGAGGGAGCAACACUUGAACAGGACGAGCGCUGCAGCAGCAGAGAGGCCGGUCAGCGUCCGGCUGGCGGACGGCCGGACGCUCAGAGGGACGGCCGGAGUCACGACGCCGCUGUCGGUGGCUCAGAGCGCUCGCGUUAAAGGAGCUCUGGUCAGCACGGUGGAUGGGCAGCUGUGGGGGCUGGGGCGCCCCCUGGAGGCCGACUGUGAACUACAGCUGCUGGGCUUCGACACGGCGGAGGGACGACAGGCGGCCUGGAGAACCGGAGCCUGCGUUCUGGGCCAAGUGCUGGAGGCCACGUUCGGGGCCAAGGUGUUCAGAGAAGGAGCCUCAGAACUGGGCCUGUUCUGUGACCACCUGCUGGACCACGGCGCUUUGUCUCUGAGCGACGUGGAGGCCCGAUGUCAGCAGGCUGCAGCCCUCAGACUCCCCAUCACCAGCCUGGAGCUCAGUGCCGACGAAGUCCGGCAGCUCUUCCAGAGCAGCGACCUGCGGCUGCAGCUGAUCCAGGACCAGAUGUCUGACGCUGCCGUCACGUUCUACAGGUGCGGAGAUGGCGUCGGGGUGAGCAGCGGCCCCCUCCUCCCCCACACAGGCCUCCUCAAGGUGUUCAGGAUGCUGCAGCUGUCCUCGGUGACUCUGUCCAAUCAGACGGCGCCGUCGGGCCUGACCCGCCUCUCAGGCGUGGCGUUUCCCGGUCAGAAGGACGCCGAGGUGUGGGAGAAGGAGCAGGAGGAGGCGAGGAGGAGGGACCACCGACGCAUCGGGACGGACCAGGAGCUGUUCUUCUUCAACGAGGUCAGUCCAGGCAGCUGCUUCUUCCUGCCCAAAGGAGCUCACAUCUACAACACGCUGACCGACUUCAUCAAGAGCGAGUACCGGCGGCGAGGCUUCUCCGAGGUCGUGACCCCGACGCUGUACAGCACGGCGCUGUGGGAGCGCUCGGGCCACUGGGAGCACUACAGCGACAACAUGUUCACCGUCACGUCGGAGGGCUCGCAGACCUUCGCCCUCAAGCCCAUGAACUGUCCGGCACACUGCCUCAUGUUCGAGCAGCGGGUCCGGUCCUAUAAGGAGCUUCCUCUGCGCUGGGCCGACUUCGGGGCGCUGCACCGGAACGAGCUGUCCGGAGCUCUGGGAGGCCUGACUCGGGUCCGCAGGUUCUGCCAGGACGACGCCCACAUCUUCUGCACACCUGAGCAGCUGGAGGAGGAGAUCGUGUCCUGUCUGGACUUUGUGCGGAGCGUCUAUCGGGUCUUCGGGUUUUCCUUCCACUGCCUGCUGUCGACCCGGCCGACGCCGUGCCUCGGGGAGGCCGAGCAGUGGGACGACGCUGAGCAGCAGCUGGAACGAGGUCUGCAGCAGUUCGGCGAGCGCUGGGAGCUGAACCCGGGAGAUGGAGCGUUCUACGGACCGAAGAUCGACAUCCAGAUCAAAGACGCCAUCGGCCGGCAGCACCAGUGCGCCACCAUCCAGCUGGACUUCCAGCUGCCGAUCCGCUUCGACCUUCAGUUCGUCGGGCGGGACGGACAGCAGCGCCGCCCGGUGAUGAUCCACAGAGCGGUGCUGGGAUCACUGGAGAGGAUGAUCGCCAUCCUGGCCGAGAACUUCGGAGGGAGAUGGCCUCUGUGGCUGUCUCCGGCUCAGAUCUGCGUCAUUCCAGUAGGGGGCAGCAGCGAGGCGUACGGCCGCCAGGUGGUCCAGCGGUUCCACCAGGCCGGCUUCAUGGUGGAUCUGAGCGACGACCAGGGAGCCACCUUAAACAAGAAGAUCCGCUCGGCUCAGCUGGCCCAGUACAACUACAUAUUUGUGGUGGGGGAUCAGGAGCGCGACGGCGGCUCGGUGAACGUGAGGAGCCGAGGAGGGCAGCAGUUGGGCCGGAGGCCGACAGAGGAGGUUCUGGCGGCGCUCACCGAGCUCAGAGACUCCCGGAGCAACCAGGAGGAGUUCUGAGAGACUUUUUGCUGAAAACGCUAAUAAAAAUCUACAAAACA